AUGAACCCGCUGAGCGGAUACGGUAUCCCAUACCCAGGACAGUACGGCCAAUACCCCUACGGCCCCCUGAGCUCUGCCCUCGGCCUCGGUGGAUACGGUAGCCAGUACGGCCUCGGCGGUCUCCAGGGAUACGGUGGCCCGUACGGCAUGCUGCCCGGUUACGCCCAACCUUACCCUGGUGUCGCGAUGCUGAAGAAG